AUGGGCCGUGAGGCUAAGAACGCCAGAAUUGAAGAGGACUCCACGAGUCUUCGCGGACAACUAAGACGUAGCGUGAGCAGAAGUGGGAUCAGCGCGAUACAGCAUCCCAUCCGGCGCAAGGUGGCCGAGUUUUGCAAGUCCCCAAAGCUCGAGCUGCUCCUUGGGGUCAUCAUCAGUAGCAACAUGGUCAUCGUUAUUUUGGAAACCGAUGCGACUGCGGACAACCAGAUGGCGCCCAUGUGGAUGAGGGUCUUGAACUUGGUGUUUUUGGUAGUGUACUCAAUAGAGGCGGCAGUGAAGAUCUACGCCUGGCGCUGGAGGUAUUUUCAGGAUUACUGGAACCUCCUGGACUUCACGGUUGUCCUGCUGGAUGUAGCCCUCACAGUCACGGGUCUCUUUCAGCUGUCUGGCAGCGGAGUUUCCAUGUUGCGGAUAUUUCGCAUGGGCAAGAUGGCUCGAAUAUUCCGAGUUCUGCGACAGAUAUGGGAGCUGAAGAUGUUGCUGCCGCUCAGAUAA